AUGGCGAUGGCGGGAGGCAUGGUGCGGAUGGUGAACGGUGUGCCUGUGAGGCUGCGACCGGGGGAGGUCGCGGGUGGGAUGCUGACGGAGACGGGAGGAGGGAUGGUGGCGCGAAUAGAGCAGUUAGCGGCGAAGCUGGCGCAGAAGGAGGCGGCCAUGGCUGCUCUCAAGAAGGAAGUUGACGAAAUGAAACGCACGAUGGCGAAGCCGACCAAUCGUAUCCCGUUUCUGGACAGGUACAUAGAGGAGCACGUGGAUAGAGUAAGGAGUGAGUAUGAUUCGGAGUUCGAGGGGAUGAAGGAGCAGGUGGAGGCGGUGCGGAGGGAGGCGGCAGACGCGGUGGGUGCGCUGAAGGCGGAGAUUGCGCGGAUGAGGGCUGCGGCGGAGCGGCAGGCGGCGGAAGUGGCGUACGUGCGCGCGACGGCGGCGCACACGGAGGCGCGGAUGAACGACGUGGAACUGGCGGUGGCGGAGGGGAAGAGCGCGCGGGAGAAGGAGCGCGCGGAGCGCAACCAGGCUGGGGGAGCGGAGGUGCCCGAGGGGAAGAAGCGAAAGCGGGAUGAGGCAGUGAAGGCGGAGGGUUUGGCGCUUGCUGCUGCGGGUGGUUGCGCACUUAUCGCCGAUCGCGACGGUUCCGAUGGAAAACAGGAUGGCGGAGGAAUGAAGUCUGCCCUGUCGGGACUGAGAGCGGUGGUGGAUGGCCUAAGGUGCAGAGUGGUGAAGCAGGAGAAGAGUAAUGGCAAAGGAGGGCGGGUGUGGGAGUUACUCCUCACGCUCUGGGCCAGAACAGCACCGCAGCAGGAUGAAAUGGACCUCGCGGCAUCUCCUGCCUCACAGACGCAGCUCUCACUCUCCUCGCCUCGUUCCGCCAGCUCUUAA